AUGUCUACAAUCUCUUCUUUAUCGUCUAGUCAUCCGAUUGCGUUACAACUUUCGACUUAUCCAAAUACUCAACUAGUCGUAUGCAUUAAUCCAUUACAUGAAUCCAAACAAGAUGCACUACCAACACCAUUGAUUACACCAACAGGUUCAAAUUUAUUUGAUAAUGAUGAUAAAUCCUCUAACGAUAAUGCACAAGAAUUUAUUCUUCGACUUUAUCAUCAAAGAUCAAGAUUAACACAAUUAUAUGAUUUAGAAAUCGAACGUCGACAAUCAACAUCACAAUUAAUUACAUUUCUUGAUAGAAUUGAUCAAUUACUUAAUGAAUACGAAAAUUCGAAAUCUACUAAUCUAACUAUAGGUGACACUACAAACACUCAUAAACCUCUAGAUGAUGAAUCAUACUCAACCUAUUUUAAUGAUGUUUCUUCUCUGAACGACUCCAAUGACGUCGAUGUAAAUGACUUACUUGUUGAACAAACUUCAAAACAAUCUGAAAGACUUUCAAAUAAUAUACAUAAUGAAACUAUGAAUUAUGAACAAAAUGCACAUACGGAUUAUAAUGAUCAUUCCUAUUCAAAAAUAAGUCGAAAUAAUAAACUUCCAACAAAAAAAUCAACAAUACUUCAACUUAAACGUUUUAAAUACGAAGGAUGUUGUCCAUUAACAACACGUACUUAUGGUCUUGAUCCAAUCAAACAUGGCAUUCGUCAUUUUCCAUGUACACGUGUUACAGCACCAAUUAAUCUCUAUAAACAUUUAAUACAAUAUCAUCAAUUAACACAUUCUCCAACAAUGCAAAUUGUACGAUUACUUGCCGAUGAAAAUGAAGAAGGUGAUAUUGAUUUAUUUUCAUCUCAAUCAACAAGUCUUAUUGCAACACAUCCAACUGUUUAUCGUGCACAAUGUCCAUUAAAUCAAUAUGGAAAAUUUGGUAUUACCGCUGAACAUAAAAUUCGUUUAUGUACACAACCUAAUCAACCAAUUGGUGCACCAUUAGUUACACCAAAAGAUGUUUGUUUAUAUGAUCAUUUUGUUGUAUAUCAUCAAAUGAAACGUUCAUGUGCACAACGAUUAGCUGAAGCUAUCGUUAAAAAUAAAACUGAACCGGUAUUUCGUCCCGAUGAACAAUUACUAAAUGAUACAUUCUAUAUUCAAUGUCCUUUACGACAUCCGAAAGCUAUUUGUUGGAAAUCACCAAUCUCAUCUCGUCAUAUGGGUCAACAUUUGACUGGUAUACAUAAACUUGAUGGAGUAGAAAGACGUCAAAUAAUGAUGACACUUCGAAAACAACCAUCGUCGUCCGAUAAAAAAUUAACUAAAACAACUUCUUUUUAA